GGUUAUGGCCGGGACGCGCAGGCUUGAGCUGGCGGAGGCCUUGCAGCUGGGGCCGGGCUGGCGGCACGCGUGCCACGCGCUGCUCUAUGCGCCGGACCCGGGGCUGCUCUUCGGCCGCAUCCCGCUGCGCUACGCCGUGUUGAUGCAGAUGCGCUUUGACGGGCGCUUGGGCUUCCCCGGCGGCUUCGUGGACUUGCGGGACGGCAGCCUGGAGGACGGGCUGAACCGCGAGCUGGGCGAGGAACUGGGCGAGGCCGCGGCCGCUUUCCGCGUGGAGCGUGCCGAUUACCGCAGCUCGCACGCCGGGUCCCGGCCGCGCGUCGUGGCGCACUUCUACGCCAAGUGCCUGACCCUGGAGCAGCUGACUGCGGUGGAGAUGGGCGCGCCGCGCGCCCGGGACCACGGGCUGGAGGUGCUGGGCCUGGUACGGGUGCCCCUGUAUACCCUGCGGGAUGGUGUGGGAGGCCUGCCUGCCUUCCUGGAGAAUACCUUUAUUGGAAAUGCACGGGAACAGCUGCUGGAAGCCCUCCAGAACCUCGGACUGCUGGAACCUGGCUCUUUCGCACGCUUUAAGUUCUCAGCUCGUCCCUAGAGGCUGCCCACCACGAACCCAUGGAACCUGCCUGAGAUCAGGGCCUUUGUACUGGGGAGGGAGGGUGGAAAAAGGGAAUGUUUUCUCUUCUGGGCCUGGGCCUGCUAGAUGAUAACAGAUUAAAAGGAAAAAGUGUGUAGUGUGUUCUGAGCA